GGGCGGAAGUGCACCGCUGGGCCGGUGGGUGUGCUCCGUUCUUCACGCUGAGCUUCAUCAUCUCAGCAUCAUUUAACGGUUAUUAAACGUUAACUGGAACGACCCACGUCGGUUUUAAGCGGUGUAAACGGUUACUCUAUCAUACAUUCAACCCAACUUCACCGAUUUGACUUCGUUAAUUAGUUAAUCGUCUAAAGAAGAGAAGAAAACAUGUUCUACACCUGUGGUCCAAACGAGGCUAUGGUGGUGUCAGGCUUCUGUCGCUCUCCUCCUCUGAUGAUCGCCGGAGGCCGAGUGUUUGUCUUCCCGUGCAUUCAGCAGAUUCAGAGGAUUUCCCUGAACACACUGACUCUGAAUGUGAAGAGUGAUAAGGUUUACACUCGCCACGGAGUGCCCAUCUCCGUUACUGGGAUCGCUCAGAUGAAGAUCCAGGGUCAGAACAAGCAGAUGCUGGCUGCAGCCUGCCAGAUGUUUAUGGGAAAGUCGGAGCCUGAGAUCUCUCAGAUCGCUUUAGAGACUCUGGAGGGACACCAGCGAGCCAUCAUCGCCCACCUGACUGUGGAGGAAAUCUACAAGGACAGGAAGAAGUUCUCAGAGCAGGUGUUUAAGGUGGCGUCCUCGGACCUGGUCAACAUGGGCAUCAGUGUGGUCAGCUACACCCUCAAAGAUGUUCAUGAUGACCAGGAUUAUCUCAACUCUCUGGGAAAAGGCCGAACAGCUCAGGUGCAGAAGGACGCCCGGAUUGGAGAGGCCCAGAACAAGAGAGACGCUGUGAUCAGGGAGGCUCACGCGAUGCAGGUGAAAAUAUCGGCUCAGUACAAGAACGAGAUCGACAUGGCGAAGGCCCAAAGGGACUACGAGCUGAAGAAGGCUGCUUACGACAUCGAAGUGAACACCAAGAAGGCGGAGUCAGAGAUGGCCUACCAGCUGCAGGUAGCGAAGACGAAGCAGCGUAUCGAGGAGGAGAAGAUGCAGGUCCAGGUGGUGGAGCGGACGCAGCAGAUCCUGCUGCAGGAGCAGGAGAUCACUCGCAGGGAGAAGGAGCUGGAGGCCAAAGUGAAGAAACCCGCGGAGGCUGAGCGGUACCGCCUGGAGAAGCUGGCCGAGGCCGAGCGUUUGAAGAUGAUCAUGGAGGCUGAGGCUGAAGCCGAGUCCAUCAGGGUUAAAGGUGAGGCGGAGGCAUUUGCUGUCGAGGCCAAAGGUCGCGCUGAGGCGGAGCAGAUGGCCAAGAAGGCGGAGGCCUUCCAGGAGUAUAAGGCCGGAGCCAUGGUGGACAUGCUGCUGGAGAAGCUGCCUCUGAUGGCGGAGGAGAUCAGCAGGCCUCUGUGUGAAGCCAACAAGGUCACCAUGGUGUCGAGCGGCGGGGAGGUGGGCGUGGCCAAGCUGUCGGGCGAGGUGCUGAACAUCAUGACCCGCCUCCCUGAAACAGUGGAGAAGCUGACCGGGGUCAACAUCUCUCAGGUGUCUCGAACGGGCUGAAGAGACGCGACCCGACGCUCCUGCUCACGUCUCGUACCGCCUCCUCUUCGUCCUCCUCUGCUGUUCUGUGGGAAAUUCAGUUUCGUGUUUCCACGCCGCACAUUUUUACAGAAACGUUUAAAAACCUGAAGUCAUCUGUUGUUUGGCCUUUGGAGUCAGACUUUUUAAAAUGGAUUUUACUGACGUGAUAUUUCCCUCGUCAGCCCAGCGGAACAAACCCCGACGCUUAAAAUUCUGGGUUUAACGUUUCAAAAGACAAAAACGAGAGAAAGAUCCAAAGGAAAACUUCCAGCGUGAUUUAAAAACCAGAUUAGAAGACGGUCUGGCUCUUUUAUUCACUCAGAUGUUGUAAAAAAAAAGAGUUUUUAGAUCUUUGCUGAUUACAGAAGCAGAACGACUUCUCCACCGCCGCCCUCCGCUCAGCAGCAGCAGCUUCAGGCUUUGGUUCUUUAAUAUUCUUGCUUUGAGGGUUUUCAUGAUCCACGGCCUCACGCCUAAUCCCUCUGGCUCUUUUAUUUAUUACUUGCUGCUUUCAGUAAACUCGGCACAUGUCCACCUCGUCCCGUGUCGUCUCCCCGUUUCAUGUCUCCUGACACUUCCUGUGCCCGCUGCCUUGCUGCCAGACCUUAAGGGCAUCUUAGCGUCAACAUGUAACAUAAACCUUCAUUCAAUAAAGCUACCGACUCUUUUCACAGAGGUUUUAGUCUUUCAUGUUAGCGUGAAGGGUCACAACGUGGCAGGUUAUCGAUGUGGACUUCCUGUUUGGGUUUUAGUGUGUAUGUUUUUAAAAUGGGAUUUCUGUUAUUUGUAGGAGCUGAUCUUUUCUGUCCAAGGGUCCUUGAUCAGACGUUCUGCUGUUAGCCGACACGUUUGGAUUUAAUCUCAGAGAAUCGAGACUAAAGAAAAGAUGAUGCUUUUAGAAAGACAUGAAAUAGUUCUAAUUUAAGAUUAUGGUUGAGUCAAAUGUUUACAAAGUGACUACCUUUUUAUUUAUAAUCUGAUUAUUUGAUCACCACCGUGAGUUUCAUAGACUAGACUUCCAUCUAGUCUCAGAUCAGAUUUAAUCCCAGAUUUAGACUCAAACACCUUGUUCCAGACUCAUGAACACGUUCCUGCUUCCUGUAGACUCACCCACCCUCUGUGAUCGGUGGAAAAAGGGACUCUUUUGUCUUAUUAUUGCCAGUUAUGUGGCAGCAGGCGUAAUGCUGGGGUAAAAUCUACGCGAACCAUUCCAUAGCAGAGUGACUCUGGAAUCAGCUGUUGGUACUUGUGGACGGGAGUCGGAUCAUCAGACCACCUUAGCAACAACAGCAUCAACAGGAAGUUGAUGUUGGGUUGUUUUAUUUGUGUAUUUGUGGUAUUUUAUGCUUGUGAUAUUUAUUUGGAUGGAAGAUAACGUUUUUGAUGUUAAUGCAGCUAAAAGGUUAAAGAGCAAGUCACCCCCUACCAGAGUCUUACUCCACUCCCACUUCCUGUUUGAAAAAUGCAACAAAUGCUGUUGCCCUUGCAGACCAAGAGGGCGGAGCCACUAACAAAUACACACACACACAGGCUCACAAUGACAUUGUGACAUCAUAUGGUACCAGCUAACAUUCUAGGGUACCUCUUAGCCAAUAGCGAUGGCAGAUUUAAAUUAAAAUGCUGUGCAGAGUUUUUACCUGACAACGGCACAACACUGACAGUUUUAGGCAGAAAAUUACAGUUUUAACUAAAAUGCACUAAAGUGCUAAACUAUUGACGACACGUGUCUGCAGCACGAUUAGACACGCAUUUAUGUAGCUUAUCAGAUAAAAAAGUUGAUUUGGGGGUGACUUGCUCUUUAAAGAAUCAGCUCAGAAGAGGUUUUAAAACAUCUCAACAUGCCUUAAGUCACGAGUCCGUCUACCUCACAUCAUGGAUCGGUUGUUUUAGAGCUUUACUAGAGACAACACUAAAGAGUUUCACUAAAACACGCUUGUAUUAUUUAUUAUCUAACUGUUUUUUAUUUAUUUUUUUAUUGAGUCUGUGGAGCGUUUGUCCAAGGAUGGUUUUUCUCCUUUGAACUCUGCACUGCUGGUUACGCAACAGCCACCUGUUGAAAUGGCUUUUGAAGAUAUAUAUACAUAUAUGCAUGCAUCAUCAGUACCUAUCACACUUGAACUGUAAUCAUGCAAAAGUCAUGUUUUUAGUCAGGACACAGCAGACGUGUGUCACUGUGGAGUCACCAAAGUAGGAGAUGAUCUGUUAGUCACCUGUAGAAUGUGUUUAGUGCUAUAGUAAAUGGUCUACAUGUAGUUUAGGUAUAUAUUUGCUACAGUAUUGGUGUAGCUUUGUCUGUUUUUCUUGUCAUCAUUGAUAUGGCACCACAUAAAUGAUAAGCUCCUGUGUUUUGUCGUUAACAUAUUAAAUCUAAAGCAGGUUUGUUUACGUUUUCUUACUUCAGUUGCUGCUUCGGUAUGUUGUAAACAUUCAGCCAGAAUGGAACUUUAAAGAGCAAGUCACCCCCUACCAGAGUAGUACUCCGCUCCCACUUCCUGUUUGAAAAAUGCAACAAAUGCUGUUGCCUAGCAGACCGAGAGGGCGGAGCCGCUAACAAAUACACACACAGGCUCACAACGACAUUGUGACAUCAUAUGGUACCAGCUAACGUUCUAGGGUACCUCUUAGCCAAUAGCGAUGGCAGAUUUAAAUUUAAAUGCAAUGCAGAGUUUUUACCUGACAAUGGCACAACACUGACAGUUUUAGGCAGAAAAUUAUAAUUUUAAAAUGCACUAAAGUACAAAACUAUUGACUGCACGUGUCUGCAGCACGAUUAGACACACAUUUAUAUAGUUUAUCAGAAAAAAAGUUGAUUUGGGGGUGACUUGCGCUUUAAGCCUAAAAUCAAGUUUUUGGGAGUUUGUGCUCAAGAAAACCUGCUGUCUUGUGAAUGAAAUGAAUAAAUUUGACAAUACAA